UGUAUGCCUGUUUGGGCGAGCUUAAUUCUCCUUCUUGGGUCCUGCAGUAUGUAUGUAUGUAUGUAUCACCUCACAAAAUAAGUAAGAUAACUCCCAAGAACAUCAUCACAACCAAGCAAGCAAAAAGCCAAAAGCAGCCCGGUACAGUAAAGGAUGAAUGUUAUCAGCAGUUCGCAAAGACAACAACAGCAAAGACAACAACAACAACAACUACAAGAAGUGGACAUAUCCCUUAUAAUGAAAGAAUCUGAAUCUCCAAUGACUCAACGCAACAGCCGCAAAUCGUUUGGCUGCUGGCAACGGGUAAUGAAGAAAGCUAACGCUUCGCUGGGGUCUACCAUGACUGCCGCCACUAGCAUGUUGGGUUCUCUCGAUGGAGAGUUUGACUUUGACGAAGAAGACUCUCUCUGUAUGUGGGAUGAUGAUUAUUAUUAUGGUACUACCACAGAUGACGAUGACGAACUAGAUCAGACCAUUGGAGGCAGCAGUAGCAAGCGACACCGCAACAGCAGCCUGUCUCUUCCCCAACACCAUAGCCACUUGGACGAGUCCAUGGACCUGACCGACCUCCAAUUCCUUCCAAGACAACUGCAACGACAAGAAAAGCCAUUGGUUGGUCGCUAUAACGGUGUUGAUGAAGAAUCCUUCCAUGCAUCUUAUGAUUUGGGAGAAGCCCUAGGCGAAGGAGCCUUUGGCAGUGUUCACAAAUGCUACCCCGCCAAUGGUAGUGAAGAUGCCUAUGCUGUCAAGUCCGUUCCAAUGGACAAGUACAACCACGAAGAGAUUGAAAUCCUGGACGAACUCAAGGAAUGUCCCACCAUUGUUCAACUCAAAGAUGUCUUUCACGAAUCGGACGAGUCCUUUAUCGUCAUGGAAGAAAUUCAAGGUGGAGAACUGUUGGAGCGUAUUGCCGAAAAGGAAUGCUAUUCCGAAGAAGAAGCCAAAGUCCUGUUCAAAACUCUGUUGGAGACCGUCCUGUACUGUCAUCAACGGGGCAUUGCCCACUGCGACAUCAAGCCCGAGAACAUUCUCCUCCAAUCGCAAGACGAUGACACCACCAUGAAACUGGUCGACUUUGGAUUGGCCAAACGAUUCCGACACGACGACGAAGAUGGCACCAUCGAACGUAUCUUUGACAUGCACGGCAGUGCCGAAUACGCCGCCCCCGAAGUCUUUAAUCGUCCAGAAGACGACACAGAGAUUGGGUACGACGAACGAUGCGACAUUUGGAGCUGCGGGGUUGUCUUGUAUGUCUUGCUGGGAGGAUACGCGCCCUUUGAAGCCGAUACAUCCGAUGAAAUGAUCAAGGUCGUUGGCAAGGGCAAGUUCAAGUUCCACAAACGAUACUGGAAACACGUUUCCCGGGAUGCCAAGCUUCUCAUUGCCAAGAUGAUGCAGGUUAAACCUGAUAAACGAUGCACCUUGGAAGAAGCAUUGGCCAGUCCGUGGUUUGAUACCAACUAACGACGAUGAAGACCGCAACAGCAGCUAAAAACGAACUAACAGCUUCCCAACUACAAGAAACUUCCAAAGCUAUAAUAAUGGCUAAUAAUAACAAGAAUAGACGAAAGAAUAGAAUAAACAUAUAGAGGAUGGAACAAGUGUAUAUCUACAAAAGGUAAUCUCUAGCAAGCAAGCGUGCGUAGAAAGAAGCC